AUGAGCCGCAUACGUAAUUUCAUAAGAGAAAAUUACGCAAAUGCCCUUCAUCCUCAAAUUCGCGGCUAUCUUCAAGUGGUGUUUCCAGACUUGGCCCGUCUAUAUCAAGCGAAUUGGACCGAUUACGAUCGAUUGAUGAAUGAUGUUCGUAAUUGGAUCUAUGCCUAUCUCAAACCCAUGUUUGAGAUGGGUAUGGGUUUUGUGGAGUACAUGUAUUUGGUAGCGACGGCGAUGAACAACUUUUCAAACAUUCCAAUGCCAAUAGGAGCAGGACAACUACACUGGUUUCAACCUGUCCUGCCCACUCCCCGCUUUGCGAUUCUCGACGAUGUGAGAGCUCUCAUUAAUUUGGCGGGAAACAUUUAUCCAAACCCUUCGAUAAGGUUCCUUAUCGAGAUGGAGGGAUAUUUGAAAUCCCUCCAUUUGACAUCCUUCCCGUUUGAGAAAGAUCCUCUGAGUACCAGAGGAUCUUUCUCAGACGGGAAGGAUUGA